AUGAUAGUGUUAAUUCUCUUCUUCAUUCUUAUUUUUAGAGUCGUUAGAAAAAACACGCUUCAUGCUCCCUUUUUUUUAACAAUUUUUGCUCAUCCAGAUGAUGAAACAAUGUUUUUUGCACCCACCCUUAAUGGUCUGCGGCAGAGCGAUACAAGUGUUUACUUCCUUUGCAUAUCGACGGGUAACCAAAAUGGGUUCGGAAAGUUACGCAAAACUGAAUUGGCACAAGCUAUACAAAUUCACGGCUUUUCUGUGGACAAUCUCACUAUUCUUGACUACGACUCUUUCAAGGACGGGUUUUUUGUAUGGUGCAAGGAAGAAUUAGCGAAAGCUGCCUUGAAAUAUAUAGAAAUGCUCGAGAUAGAUGUAGUAAUAACUUUUGACGAGGAUGGAGUCAGCUUGCAUCCAAAUCAUGCAUCAUGUUUUCGGGCCCUACAGUAUCUGUAUUCUAAUGGUCUACUACCAGCUGGCGUGCAGGUUUUUGUUCUGGAAAGCGUGCCUAUAUGGAGAAAAUAUUUUUUGCCACUAGAUGCAGUGGUAAGUGCCUUCCAUUCAACGUUCCUUUAUGUGUCCCCACCUUCAGCAUACUUUGUCGCCUGGCGUGCUAUGUUUGCUCAUUCGUCUCAACUAGUGUGGUUUCGCUACCUCUACAUGAUAUUCAGCCGUUACAUUCAUAUUAAUACUUUGAAACGUAUCCACUUGCAACCGCGAUAUUAUGUCCGUAAAAAGUUGAAAUAG